AAAAAGAAGUAAGGAUUCAAAAAAGGAAAGAAGAAAUAACAGGCUGAUGGUGUUUCUUUUUAUGUUGUGGAGACAAGAAAAUACCAUCCUAUAUAAUUUGCUUUCUUGAAUUUUCUACAAAACCAAGCAAAGCUGAACAAGAAAAACUAAACUUCAUCACUUACAUUUUCUUCUCCAAAAAUGUCUACAAAUUAGCUACCAUUACUCUUCUCUUUUGUUUUUCCUUGUUUAAAACUCCAAAGCUUCUUCACCUAUCUGCUGCUGCUUUUCAUUAACAACAUGUCUGCUAAAACGAAAUCUGGGUUAUUUGAAACUCCUACCAAGGUUUCACCUGCAACGCCUAAAGUGGCGACCAAAGUAAGCAGGGGACUGGCUAAACCAGAACCUGAUUCACCCUCUCCCUUGCAAAGUACUCGCCAUUCAGUUGAGCGUUCACCACGGACAUCCCUCAAUUCAAAGCCUACAAUUGAUCGUAGAUCACCAAAGGUUGCCACCACGCCUGAUAAACCACAAACACGGGUGGCUAAGGGAUCAGAGUUGCAGGCUCAAUUGAACUCGGUUCAGGAAGAUUUAAAGAAAGCAAAGGAGCAGAUAUCAUUGAUUGAGAAAGAGAAGGCACAAGCAAUUGAUGAGCUGAAAGAAGCGCAGAAAGCAGUAGACGAUGCAAAUGAAAAGCUUAGAGAGGCUUUGGUUGCACAAAAGAGAGCUGAAGAGAGCUCUGAGAUUGAGAAGUUCCGAGCAGUUGAGUUGGAACAAGCAGGAAUCGAAGCUGCUCAGAAGAAAGAUGAAGAAUGGCAGAAAGAAAUUGAAUCAGUGAGGAACCAGCAUGCUUUGGAUGUGGCUGCUCUUCUCUCUACCACUCAGGAGCUUCAAAGGGUGAAACAGGAACUAGCCAUGACAUGUGAUGCUAAGAACCAAGCGCUGAACCAUGCUGAUGAUGCAACCAAGAUUGCUGAAAUCCAUGCUGAGAAGGUGGAGAUUCUUUCAGCUGAAUUGGUUAGGUUGAAGUCCUUGAUUGAUUCAAAGUGUGAAAUGGAGACUAAUGAAAACAUGGAAAUGGAGUUCAAGCUCAAGGCAGAGAUAGAGUCAUUGAAACAAGAACUUGAGAAAGCAAAGACCUAUGAGGAGAAGUUGAUGGGAAAGGAGGCUCAGAUUGAACAACUUAAUGUUGAUUUAGAGGCGGCGAGAAUGGCCGAAUCUUAUGCGCGCAAUGUCGUAGAGGAAUGGAAGAAUAGGGUCAACGAAUUAGAAAUGCAGAUUGAGGAAGCUAAGAAGCUGGAAAGAUCUGCAUCAGAAUCUCUGGACUCAGUCAUGAAGCAACUAGAGAGCAACAAUGAUUCAUUGCAUGAUGCAGAAUCUGAAAUUGGGGCUCUUAAAGAGAAGGUGGGAUUAUUGGAAAUGACCAUUGUUAGACAAAGAGGAGAUCUUGAGGAAUCAGAACAUCAAAUCAAUAUGGCUAAGGAAGAAACUGCAGAAGUGGAAAAACUGGUUGAGUCUCUGAAGUCCGAGUUAGAAACAGUGAAGGAAGAAAAGACCCAAGCUUUAAAUAAUGAGAAGCUUGCAGCUUCCAGUGUUCAAACUCUUUUAGAAGAGAAAAACAAGCUCAUUAAUGAGUUGGAAAAUUCUCGGGACGAGGAAGAGAAGAGCAAGAAAGCAAUGGAAAGCUUAGCUUCUGCCUUACAUGAAGUUACUGCAGAAGCUAGGGAAGCUAAGGAGAAGCUGUUAUGCAGUGAAAAAGAGCAUGAAAAUUACGAGACUCAGUUAGAUGAUAUAAGGUUGCUCCUGAAAGCCACAAAUGGUAAGUAUGAAAGCAUGCUCGAUGAUGCGAAAAAUGAGAUUGAUCUUCUUAAAAAUAUCAUUGAGCAGUCCAAGAAUGAACAUGCAAAUUCCAAAGCUAUGUGGGAACAAGAAGAAGUGCAUUUAGUAGAUUGCUUAAAAAAAUCAGAAGAAGAAAAUUCUUCUCUGGAAAAGGAAAUUAAUAGGCUGGUAAACUUGCUGAAACAAUCUGAGGAGGAAGUUUCUGCAUCCAAGGAGGAAGAAGCUCAGUUGAAGGAGAGCCUAAAGGAAGUUGAAUCUGAGGUGAUUUAUCUACAAGAAACUCUAAAGGAGGUCAAGACUGAGAGCUUGAAAUUGAAGGAAAGUUUGUUGGACAAAGAAAGUGAAUUGCAGAGUGUGAUUCAAGAAAACGAGGAACUCCGAGCUAGGGAAGGUGCUUCACUUAAGAAGGUUGAGGAGUUGUCGAAGUUGUUGGAAGAAGCUACAAUGAAAAAGCGAAGCGAGGAAAAUGGUGAGCUAACCGACAGUGAGAAGGACUAUGAUUUGCUGCCUAAGGUGGUUGAAUUCUCAGAAGAGAAUGGCCAUGGAAGUGAAGAGAAACCCAAGUUAGAGCUGCCAUCAGAGCAACCCAAGGAGCCCAAAAAUGAGAAUUCCCUGGAGGUUAACGAUGACUCAAAGGAUGAAUCUCUUCGAGAUGAGGGUGCCAAAGUGGAGAAUGUGAACGGAGAAUUGAAGGAAGAUGAGAAGAAAGGAAAAGGCGAUGAUUCAGUUGAAUUUGAAUUCAAAAUGUGGGAAAGCUGCAAAAUCGAAAAGAAAGAAUUUUCACCAGAAAGAGAAGCUGAACAAGAAUCCCUUGAGGAGGAAGUGGAAUCAAAGGUGGAGGGUAGUGAGAGUGUUGAUAUAAAUGGUUCGACAGAAAACAUUGAUGAUGGCGGAAACUCACCAUCAAAGCAACAGCAACAGAAAAAGAAGAAGCCAUUACUACGUAAAUUUGGAAGCCUACUGAAGAAGAAGGGAAGCAGCAACCAGAAGUAGAUAACCAAAAUCAGCCAUGGCAUGAUUUAGUCCCUACCAACAGACAGGUAUAUUGGAUACUAUCUUGCAGCUGAAUGUGUUUGCUUAAUUUGCUGAUUUGCUUCUAAUGUUCCCAAUAGGUUUUAAUUUGAAGAGGCUUGUAUAAUGUUUAGUGUCUUAAAUUUUCUCCCUCUUUUUUAGAUUUCUACAUUUGAUUCUUCAUGUUAGAUACUUGGAUAGAAUCUUGUAUGUGAUGGAGAUAAUUCUUUUUGCUUUUUUGCUUGUUCUUCGUAUCUAAAAUUCAUAAAAAAAAAAUGUGGUUACUUAAGUUGUA